UACUCGUCUCUUUUACCCGUGUGUAGGGGUUUCAUACAGGGGGCCUCAGGACUUGGUCUUGUCUGUUCUGGGUGGCGGGGAUCACACAUUCUUUCUAACGUAAUUUUAUGAAGUAAUUAGGCAGUUUGUUUUAAAUUAAUUGGAACUACAUAUUUCCCAUCUUAAGUAUUGAAUCAUGAAGUGGAACCUAGUGUUCCUUGGGCUCCUUCUGACCUUCGGGCAGCUCUCAUGGGGGCAGAAGGGUAUGGACAUCCCUGAGUAUGAUGGAAAGGACCGCGUUCACGACCUAAAUGCCAAGAAUUUCAAGUCUGUGAUGAAGAAAUAUGACGUGAUGGUGGUGUACUACCAUGAGCACGUAGGAUCCAGCAAAGUCGCCCAGAAACAGUUUCAGAUUGAGGAGCUGGCCCUUGAGCUUGCUGCACAAGUCCUGGAGGAUCUUGACGAUGAGGACAUCGGUAUUGGCCUACUCGAUGAGAAGACAGACAAAGCUGUUGCCAAGAAAUUAGGUCUGGAUGAGGCUGACAGUGUCUACAUCUUCAUUGAGGACGAGGUCAUUGAGUAUGAUGGAGAGCUUGCUGCGGACACACUGGUGGAGUUCAUCUAUGAUCUCAUUGAGGAUCCAGUUGAGAUCAUUGACAAUAUGCGAGAGUUGAAAGGUUUCCACAAUAUUGAGGAGGAUAUCAAGCUGGUGGGUUUCUUCAAGAGUGAGAAAUCUGAGCACUACCAAGAAUAUGAAGACGCAGCAGAGGAGUUUCAUCCACACAUCAAGUUCUUUGCCACCUUUAGUCCAAAGGUUGCUAAGAGUCUAGACUUGAAGUUGAAUGAGGUGGACUUCUAUGAGCCCUUCAUGGAUGAACCCGUCGUCAUCCCUGGUAAACCCUACAGUGAGAAAGAGCUUGUUGCAUUCAUUGAGGACAAUGACAGGCCGACACUGAGGAAGAUGCAGCCACACAACAUGUAUGAGAUCUGGGAGGAUGCUCUUGAUGGCGAGCAUAUAAUUGCUUUUGCUGAGGAGGGAGACCCAGAUGGCUUUGAAUUCCUUGAAAUCGUGAAAGAGGUGGCAGAGGAUAACACAGACAAUCCCGACCUGAGCAUUGUCUGGAUUGACCCUGAUGACUUCCCUUUGCUUGUUCCCUACUGGGAGAAGACCUUCGACAUUGACCUGUCCUCACCUCAGAUUGGUGUAGUGGAGGUGGAUGAUGCUGAUAGUAUCUGGUUUGAUAUGGAUGACGCUGAUGACAUGCCAACAGCUGAUGAGCUGGAGGACUGGCUGGAGGAUGUGCUAGAGAACAAAAUUGAUCCUGAUGAUGACGACGACGAUGAUGACGAUGACGAUGAUGACGACGAUGACGACGAUGACGACGAUGACGAUGACGACGACGAUGACGACGAUGACGACGAUGAUGACGACGACGAUGACGAUGAUGAUGACGAUGAUGAUGACGAUGAUGACGACGAUGAUGACGACGAUGACGAUGAUGACGACGACGAUGAUGACGACGACGACGAUGAUGACGACGACGAUGAUGACGACGAUGAUGAUGACGACGAUGACGACGAUGAUGAUGAUGACGACGAUGAUGAUGAUGACGAUGAUGAUGAUGAUGACGACGACGAUUAAACUUGUACCAUUUUACAUAUAUUAUCCAAACUAAAGUCUGUUUAUUUGCAACUAUCUGAAUAAUCAACAUCAUAAAAAUUCCUUCAUUAUUUUUUGGCAGAUAUCACAAGGUUAAAAAUUUCAUCAUUUAACUGUGACCUUCCAUGCAUAUCUAGGAAUGUGCUUACCAUUCUCUCACCCAUUGUCCCAAUGUUUUAUUCAAAGACCACGCUCUCUCUUAAACCUUCAGAUAUUCACUUUCGAAUGUUGACGUCACUUCUAAAUUCAAAAUUAUUAGCAAAGUAUGUAUUGCUUCCAGUUCUUUGCCAUCCAUUUUUUCCAUUUCAUUACACUGUAAUUGGCCGUUAAACACACCACUAAUACAUUGAAAAAGAACCUGACUUUUAAGCAUAAAAAUGCAACCAAAAAAAAUGUAAGAUUGUCAGAGGGAGCAGCAACAUUAUUUAAGUGUACAUCCAUCUGUUAAAUUUGUUGUUAUUGUCUCAAUGUAUAUUUGUACUAAUAUGUGGAUGGAUUGUUUGUCCCACUGUGAUAGGACCUAAAGGUGCUAAGCAGGCUUUUCCUCAAGGUCAUUUGUCAUACCUUCUUUCUUUGGUAAGAUAGGAUGUGACUAAUGUGAUGUUAGACAGAGAAGGGAUUGUCCAGCCUUCCUUCUGUGUCUAAAAAGUGCAGUAAAUCACGUUUUCUACAGAAAAAUAAACUUUUUUUUUUUUUUAUUAAUAAAGACAACUUGGUUUAACUCUUAAGUCUUAAAAUAAAAACAGAUUGGAAUAAA